AUGCACUCACCUCCUAGAGAACAGCCUGCCAUCAUGCUCUGGAAACUGGUUGAAAAUGUCAAGUAUGAAGAUAUCUAUGAGAUGUUAGUCCACACCUAUUCCGCCAUGGACCGGCAUGAUGGAGUCCCCAGCCACAGCUCCAGAUUGUCCCAGCUGGGCUCUGUCUCCCAGGGACCCUAUUCCAGCGCCCCGCCGUUGUCUCACACCCCGUCCUCGGAUUUCCAGCCGCCUUACUUCCCACCCCCCUACCAGCCUCUUCCUUACCACCAAAGCCAGGACCCGUAUUCCCAUGUCAAUGACCCUUACUCCCUAAACCCCUUGCAUCAACCCCAGCAGCACCCUUGGGGACAAAGGCAGAGGCAAGAGGUGGGAUCAGAAGCCGGCUCACUGCUGCCACAGCCUCGGGCCGCCUUGCCUCAGCUCUCGGGACUGGACCCCAGGCGGGACUACCACUCAGUGAGGCGGCCAGAUGUUCUCCUUCACUCGGCACAUCAUGGCCUGGAUUCCGGCAUGGGAGACAGCCUUUCUCUGCAUGGCAUCGGACACCCAGGAAUGGAGGACGUGCAGUCAGUUGAAGAUGCCAAUAACAGCGGUAUGAACCUAUUGGACCAGUCUGUCAUUAAAAAAGUUCCAGUUCCUCCAAAAUCUGUUACUUCUCUGAUGAUGAAUAAAGAUGGCUUCCUGGGUGGAAUGUCAGUCAAUACCGGAGAGGUGUUUUGCUCAGUACCUGGCCGCUUGUCCUUGCUCAGUUCCACUUCAAAGUAUAAAGUAACCGUGGGAGAAGUUCAAAGACGCCUCUCGCCUCCAGAGUGUCUGAAUGCAUCCCUUCUAGGAGGAGUACUUAGAAGAGCCAAAUCGAAAAAUGGGGGGAGAUCGUUGAGAGAGAGGCUAGAAAAAAUCGGUUUGAAUUUACCAGCCGGCAGGCGUAAGGCCGCAAAUGUCACUUUACUCACCUCCCUGGUGGAAGGUGAAGCUGUUCACUUAGCUCGGGAUUUUGGAUACAUCUGUGAAACGGAGUUUCCAGCCAAAGCUGUUUCCGAGUACCUGAACAGACAGCACACGGACCCCAGCGAUCUCCACUCCAGGAAGAACAUGUUACUGGCUACAAAGCAACUUUGUAAAGAAUUCACGGAUCUCUUGGCCCAGGACAGGACACCCAUUGGCAACAGCAGACCCAGCCCUAUUUUGGAACCAGGCAUUCAGAGCUGCUUGACUCACUUCAGCCUCAUCACCCAUGGCUUUGGGGCCCCAGCCAUCUGUGCUGCCCUCACAGCCCUCCAAAACUACCUGACUGAAGCUCUCAAAGGCAUGGACAAGAUGUUCUUGAACAACAACACUGCUAACAGGCACACAUCUGGGGAAGGACCAGGUAGUAAAACUGGAGACAAGGAAGAGAAACACAGAAAAUGA